AUGGCAAAGUUGGACCUGCUGGUGCUUCUGGACAAGAUGGACGUGCCGGACCCGCUGGACCCGCUGGAUCCAGAGGACAGCCUGGAGUCAUGGGAUUCCCCGGACCCAAAGGAACUAAUGGUGAGCCUGGCAAACCUGGAGAGCGAGGCCCCGCUGGAGCUUCUGGUGCUGUUGGUGCCCCUGGAAAAGAUGGAGAUAACGGUGCCCCUGGCCCCUCUGGCCCCGCUGGACCUGCAGGAGAGAAGGGAGAGCAGGGACCUGGUGGACCCAAUGGAUUCCAGGGUCUUCCCGGACCCCAGGGAGCCACUGGUGAGACUGGCAAACCCGGAGAGCAGGGAAUUAAUGGUGAAGGUGGUCCUCCUGGCCCCUCUGGACCCAGAGGAGACAGAGGUUUUCCUGGUGAGCGUGGAGCACCUGGAGGUGCUGGUCCUACUGGCCCUCGUGGUUCUCCUGGUCCCGCCGGAAACGAUGGUGCUAAGGGAGAGCCUGGUGCUGGCGGAGCUCCUGGAGCUGCUGGAAGCCCCGGUAUGCAGGGUAUGCCCGGAGAGAGGGGAUCUGGAGGCCUUCCCGGAGCCAAAGGAGAGAGAGGCGAUGGUGGUCCUAAAGGCCCUGAUGGUGGUGCAGGACCUCCUGGUGCUCAGGGAGAGAAGGGAGAGGCUGGAGCCGUCGGCAUCGCUGGACCCACUGGACCUCGCGGAUCUCCUGGUGAGCGUGGUGAGACUGGCCCUGGUGGACCCGCUGGAUUUGCUGGACCUCCUGGCGCAGACGGUCAGCCUGGUAAUAAGGGAGAGACUGGAGACACUGGACCUAAGGGAGAUGGUGGUGCACCUGGACCCGCUGGCCCUGUCGGAGGCUCUGGUCCUCAGGGACCUGCUGGGCCCACUGGAGCCAAGGGUGCUCGUGGUGGUGCUGGACCUCCUGGUGCUACUGGUUUCCCUGGACCCGCCGGUAGAGUCGGACCUCCAGGCCCCUCUGGGGCUGCUGGACCUCCUGGACCAUUGGGACCCGUUGGUAAAGAUGGACCCAGAGGAGCACGUGGAGAGACUGGAGCUGCAGGACGUCCCGGUGAGGUGGGCACUGCUGGACCCGCAGGACUGGCUGGAGAGAAAGGAUCCCCUGGCUCUGAUGGAUCUCCUGGCACCCCUGGUAUGCCUGGACCUCAGGGUAUCGCUGGACAGCGUGGUAUUGUGGGUCUCCCUGGACAGCGUGGAGAGAGAGGUUUCAGUGGUCUGCCUGGAUCUGCUGGUGAGCCCGGAAAGCAAGGACCCGCUGGCCUUUUGGGAGAGCGUGGACCCCCAGGACCUGCCGGACCCCCUGGACUCUCAGGAGCCCCUGGAGAGGCUGGACGUGAGGGAUCUCAAGGUCACGAUGGAGCCCCUGGACGUGAUGGCUCUGCUGGACCCAAGGGAGACCGUGGUGAGAGUGGCAAUGCUGGACCCCCUGGACCUCCUGGUACUCCUGGUGCCCCUGGAGCCGUUGGCGCCUCAGGCAAAACUGGAGACCGCGGAGAGAGUGGUCCCGCUGGUGUUUCUGGUCCUGCUGGCCCCGCUGGCCCUCGUGGAUCUACUGGCCCUGCUGGAGGUAAGGGAGACAGAGGAGAGGCUGGUGAGGCUGGAGACAGAGGCCACAAAGGACACAGAGGAUUCUCUGGAAUGCAGGGUCUGCCUGGACCUGCUGGCCCCAGUGGAGAGAGAGGACCUGCCGGUACUUCUGGACCCGCUGGACCAAGAGGCCCCUCUGGAUCCAAUGGCUCCCCUGGUAAAGAUGGAGUGA